GCGACUUUAGUUAGGAGGUGACCAGAGGUAGAUUGCAGAAGCAUAAGCAUGGUUAGAGCAGCCUGGUAAAACUCAGGUACACUUCGAGCCUUCGAGCAGUGCAUAUCAGCUUUGGCGACGAAACACUAAAGUGCACAGCAGUGAGAGGAUGGCCCCAUCAAGGUGGGGUGCUAUCAUCGCUUCUGUGGAACCUAACUGUAAACAGCCUCACCGCAUGGAUUUGUCUUAGAUCAUACAUAUUAACAAUAUAUUAUCUGGGUUUUGUAGAAUCGCCUUGAAUGACGACAUUAUGCCUAUGACCAGCGGAGCAUUCAGGAUGACAUUAUGGGGAGGGCAAAUGUCAAUACAGUUAUGGUUAGGUAUCGUAUUCAAGAGGUAUGACCCCCAUGUGUACAAUCUUGGCCCAUGAGGGAGGGGGCAAAUUUAGAUUAUCGAAUUUUUCGCCUCUCAACGAACGCGUGCGCUUUUCACGGAGUUAAAUCGGAUUCUAGCCCUGCCCCUAACCAUAAAUUAGUUUUAUUUAUGUCGGUUGACUACACUUGGCAACUCUGCUUUUAACAGAUCGUUAACCACAAAACGAUAAUUUUGUUUAUUGCUGGUUUUUUUUUUGAAUUUUUUAAAAAUUCAUGUCAACUUCCUAAACUAUUAAUAGUUCGAAGGAAACAUAUUCGUGAUGGAUUCGAAUAAAAAAGUUGCAAAACCAAUUAACACAAAAGACACAAAAUCAAUCAUUGACGAAAUUCUAGGGGAUGUAAGUAAAACGUCCGCCACAAAGCAAAUUAUUAUCGGAGCUUCGUCUGGAUGGGUAACCGGCUAUCUAGCAAUGAAAGUGGGAAGGGCGGCCGCUUUUGCUCUUGGCGGCGGUGUGAUAUUAUUAGAAUUGGCCAAUGAAAAGGGUUACAUUAGGAUCAAUUGGGAUAAGAUCAACAGGCAAAUUGAUCAGGUAUCUGACAAAGUCGAGGAACAAAUAACUGGCGAAAGUGCAAAUUGGAUGGAUAAAGUGGAGGACUUUGUCGAUAGAAAAGCGGAUCAAGUUGAAUCUCUGGUUAAAGAUCGCAAAAAGGCUGCAAAGAGAUGGUAUUCCAACGUAACUGGCAUACCGCAGAAUAAGCUAAGGGAAAUUCAUGUUUUUCUCAUUUCAUUUGUUGCCGGAAUUGCCAUUGGUAUUGGGACAUCGUAAUUUUUACUAAUGUUUCGCAGUAUUGUACUUUUUUAUGUAAUUGUUAUUAUUUACGUAAAUUGUAAUCAUAAAGCUUUAGCAGGUUAGUCUUCGAUUUAUCAGUUCAUUUUGUGAAGGCAAAUCAUUUAGUUUUUAAUGCUAACGUACCAUCGUUUAAGUAUAAA